UAGAGCGCGCCGCAGAAGCUAGCAGUCGGGUUAGCGACGUUAGCUCGCGCUUUGAAAUGACAUUAUUGAUAAGUUCGCGCUUCUUGUUGGAUGUUCUAUCGUCUUAGAUGGUCCACCAACCAGCCCGGUGCCGAGUAGUUGUUUGCUCCAGUCUCAACCGGCAGUCGUUAUGGCAGCGGAGGGGGAUUUACCAGCAGACCUUCUGACAGCGGAGGGGGAUUUACCAGCAGACCUUCUGACAGCGGAGGUGAAACACAGCAGUGGAGACUUCGUACCUCCGGACGGGCUGUGCUGGGUGUCCGUGCUGUCCUGUCUGCUGCUGGCAUGUUCGUAUGUGGGCAGUCUGUACGUGUGGAGGAGUGAUCUGCCCAGGGAUCACCCCGCUGUGAUAAAGAGACGCUUCACCAGCGUGCUCAUCGUGUCCGGCCUGUCUCCUCUCUUUGUGUGGACAUGGAGACAGUUCACAGGAGUCAGGACUGGCCCAGCGUUACUCUCUCUGAUGGGGAUCCGCUUUGAAGGCCUCAUUCCUGCCAUCCUCCUCCCUCUGAUGCUCACCAUGGUGCUGUUCCUGGGCCCACUCAUGCAGCUGGCUAUGGACUGUCCCUGGAGCUUCAUGGAUGGGGUCCGGGUGGCCAUAGACCCGUGGUUCUGGACGCUGUGUUUCAGUGACAUGCGCUGGCUGAGGAACCAGGUGGUGGCCCCGCUCACAGAGGAGCUGGUGUUCAGGGCCUGCAUGCUGCCCAUGCUGGUGCCCUGCGCCGGGCCCCUCACCGCCAUCUUCACCUGCCCCCUCUUCUUCGGAGUGGCUCACUUCCACCAUGUGAUCGAGCUGCUGAGGUUCCGACAGGGGACGCUGUCCGGGAUCUUCCUCUCCGCAGUGUUCCAGUUCUCCUACACAGCCGUGUUUGGGGCCUACACCGCCUUCAUCUUCAUCAGAACUGGUCACCUGAUCGGCCCGGUGCUCUGCCACUCCUUCUGUAACUACAUGGGUUUUCCCGCCAUCAGCACGGCGAUGGAGCACCCCCACCGCUUCACCGUCCUCUCCUCCUACCUGAUGGGGGUGAUCCUCUUCCUCUUCUUCCUCUUCCCCUUCACUGACCCCGCCUACUACGGCCUGCCCACCCCAGUGUGCACCCUCACCUCCUCCCCCAGCUCCCUCUGCCUCUCCUGAUCCCCCCACUCACACACACACACACUUCUCUGCUGGAGUCACCUACCUCUGAUGAAGCAGUUGAGGGUGUUGGUUGCCAAGUUACAGUUCAGUUGAGACUGAGCCAUGUGGGUUAAGUUGCCAUGGAGAGCGGGGCUGAAUGUGUGGUCUAUGGCCUCUUGAUACGUGGCUGUACAGGAACUAUGAAUCAGAUGACGCUCUCCUGCGGAGUUUGAGAAGGUGGGGGUUCAUGAACCUAGCAGUGUUUCAAAGGCUAGCCCCUCUGUGCUAGUCCGAUAGCAGCUCAUAGAGUCCUGUUGUUAACCCGGAAAUGUUGAGUACCCCAAAGUGUUUAUGUUACAAAUGUAUAGUAAGGUCCCCAGCACAAAGAAACUGCCGGAUGCUAACUUGCAUAUGUUGGGCUAUUUGCGCAAUUAUCACAAGUUGCGUUCAUCAGCAUUAGCAGCAUUAUAGCCUACUGGACAAUAGUUAAAAAUGGCUUGGCUGAUUAGGACAGUUUCGGAGGUAAUUGAGGAUGCUGAAUCCAUUUCUGACAUUUUCAGGAUCUGGAAUGGCAGUUUGAACCAGUAAGUCGCCAUAUUUGUACUCCCAGUGGAUUGGUUUCGAUUCAUUUUGGGUCAAUUUGAAGUUUUAGGGGACUCGCAACUGCCAUUUUUGAUCCUGAAAAUGUCAGAAAUGGAUUCAACAUCCUCAAUAAUCCCCCAAAACACUCCAAAUGUGUCUCUAUUUUCUUUUGUUUUUUUUACUAUUGUCUGCAAAUGCUUAUUUACACAACUUGUGCUAAUUGUGCAAAUAGCCUAACACAUGCAAGUUAGCAUCCGGCAGUUUCUAUGAGCUGGAGACCCCUCCUAUACAUUUCUAACAUAGAAUUUUGGGGUCUCAACAUUUCCUGGUUCCCACUGCUGGAAAGUAAUAGAGACUAUCCCUGAUCUUAAUGUAGUGCUAACACUGAAGGACACUUCCUCCUCAGAUCCUCUCAAAAUGAAGAUCUCAUCAUCAUUUCUGAUGAUCAUAAUGUUCCAUUUUUUGCAUUUCCACUCAGCCUGAUGCAUCUUUUUAAAGGAUAAUCCUUGUUUAUUACAAAUUGGUCUUAUUCUCACAUAUUUUGCAGCCAUUUCCAGGCCAGUCAGAGAGGCUUAAACUAAAUCCCAUGAGAAACACAACAUCAUUUACCCUAAUAUUUGCUGGAAACAUCAAUAGACUCGCUAGAUCAAAUUUGGUCUACUGGAUUUGUAGUCUUUGCAUAGAUUAAGGCUAGGAAUGCUGAUUGUUUUCACGAUGAGUUGAAAAAUCCAGACACUAGUGAUGUCUUCAAAAAUGGCCUUCAAGGAUUCCUGACUCAGGACUCCACCCUAUUUAUUGGCUCGUUUGUUUAUAUAAAAAAAGUUUUGCCAACAUCCAACUUUUAUAAUUGUUAAAAAUGGAUAUGACUAUUGGCUAAAUGGUUUAAAUAAUCUCAGAUAUAUUAUUCUUCGUCUGAUCAUCUGACUGUUCGUGGAUCAAAUAGAAAUGGCGGCAAAAACGAGGAAAAUAAGACCUUGGUUGUAGAGUUCCGCUGCUGGUGGAGUCCAGGCAAACUUUAGGGUUUGGAUCACUUUGGUGCCUGUAGCUUGGGUAUAGGUUUGGGUCUUGAAUUGGGCAGUACUCGUUCAGCUUAGUUGAAUCUGGAAGAAGUGGGUAUUGGGCUUGUUUAGCCCGUACAGAACUCUUAUCGAGGUAAACAAGAAUUAUCCUUAAAUGCUUUGUGCGUCUCUUGAGCGAGACAUGGAAAUAUUUGAAGCGGGUUGUUGGAAAAGUCACAGCCCUCACAAAUUCUUUCUUGCUGCACUGCAUUCUGGUCCAAAGAGGCUCAUAGUCAUGUUGGAAUUCCUCUCCUAAUGAUAGUUAGAGGAGCCUGCUGUAGCUGCACUGGAGUUCAGGAAUGUAGAUGUAAACCAGGAAUCACCUGGAGUUGUUUUAAUUUCAAACGCUCGUUCUUAACCGUGUCAUUUCUUACCUGUUCAGACAAAUCAGACAGCUGUGGUGAGCUGGAUGGGUCAGUGUUUGCUAUAAAUGUUAUUUAUAUACCUCUGCAUGUUUCAGUGCUGGUAGUCGUUGUUCUGUUGGUGAAGGGGGAUGAUGGGUUUACUGUUCAUGAUGACUGAAACAUACUCUGUGUGAGGGCUCAAACACAAGACUGGUUUUAACUAGUAAGGUGUAUUCAUGUCCUCUGGGAGGUGAGACAUUCCUCCAGUGGGGGAUGCUGGGUAGAAUUUGCGGCCCUUACGUCUGAAUACCUUUGCACAUUCAGUUUACUUUAAGCAAACCUUGGUCUUUAGUGCAGUUCGUGUUGGCAGAUGAAACCUGUCCGUCAAACUCUGGGGCAGAUUUAACCCCCAGAAGAACUUCUGAUCAACUCCUUGUACUGUGGCAGUUUUUUAGGGCUGUUUUUAAAAAGUGUUGUAAGUAGUAUCUGUCGGGACAUAGUUGAAAACACUUCAGAAAGGUGUGAUCAAUCAUAUAAAAACAACCAAACAAUGAAACACAAAUAGUUUAAACGACAAUGUGAAAACAUGAAAUAGAAUCUCCCUCGCUCCUUUUCUGAUGUAACUGCUUCAAACGCUAGUUCUUGGGUCUGUUUGUUGGACAUUUCACCAUGUUCCCAUGUCCAGAAGGUCAGGCAAGACUUAAAAUGUGUUACCCAGCAGACUGUCCAUACUUAUGUUACUGUAGGGAAACUAGCUUUUUUGUUGUACUGGAUUUGAAUUCUGUUCCCAUCCUUGGUCUUUUUUCUUUCUUGUCGCUCCCACAACAAAAAAAGUAGUUCAGUCAAAAGCAACAAACAGACAAGCUUUUCGUUUUCUGUGUGGGAUGCAUUUAUGGACGCAGACCUUCAUUUUAGAACUUCCAUUAUCCUUGUUCAUAUUGUGUAGUUUAAUCAAAAGCGUAUAAAUAUUUUCCAACUCUGCCCCUCCUUUGUGUAGCCUGAGAGGUCUGUGUUCGGUGUCCUUACAGAGUGUGUUUCAGUCUUAAAUCUGGAGGUUGUUAUAACUCGUCAAACCCUGGCUUUUUAUUUGUAAGGAUCUUUUCUUCAAGGUCCUCAAUUUACCUGAAAGUCUUUGUUUUGAUUAUUGUUCCUUGCAUUCUGGAUGUUUUGCCCAUCGGAGCUUGCAUCUUUAAAUGUGAGACACUGCAUGCUGCUGCUUGUUAUUCACAGUACAAAGCUAGGACCUUUUUGUUCACACAUCUACACAGAUUUAUCUUCAUACAGAGUUCAAAAUGAGUCUGUUAGAGCAGCAACAGGUUUAUUAUACCCCCCAUUUCACCAUGGUAGCUCUUUCCAGUUGCCAAGAAACACAGAAAUGGGCAGGGAGAAAGAAAUGUUGCCUGCUAAAAAUAUGAAUGUAAAAAAACCCAGGAUUUAAAACAUUAAAAUGAGCUUUCUGAGUUUCAUUCAGGAAAGAGAUGCUUUCAACACUUGGUUCAGCAUCAAAGACACACAUAGUGUGUAUGGUGUGAAACCACAGGAUUGAUAUAUAACUCCAAAUGGCACAUCUUUCUUGUUUAAUUUCUGUUUGCGUUGUGCUGCUCUGCAUCACCAACCAUUGGCUUUGAUUUGUCCCUAAAUGCCAUAUUUUGCCAGAGGUAAUAUCUAAUCUAACAGACAAAAAAAACUUAAAAAAAUGUCUCCCACUUCUUUCACUUUGCUUUAUGACCACCAUUGAUUUCUGACAGUUCUGUUUGCUGGUCUUCAGCCCGGUCCUGUGAUAGUCCCAUUCUCUGGAAGGGAUGUAAAGCAGCAUCACUGGCUUUUUGUCUUUAAAAUGUUAUUUCAUUUAGCUUUUCACAGUGAUCAGCACUACCAGCCAGUGUCCAACCAGCUGGGAAAUAACUGCAGACCUACAAUGUAAUUUCAGACUGAUUGACUCGCUCCACUUGAAGUUAUUUGUAGCUCACUGUAGGUGAUGUUUUGUGGUGCUUCUGAUUGGACAGAAUUUCUAAUGGCAUAAACACUCUUAGCUAUACUGUGAAGAAGAGCUGAGCUGCAGCAAUAAAUCCUAUAUGUGUAUAUCAAGUGACUGAGCGAGUAAAGCUGUAGAUUAUCUCGACUGAACGUGGCUGUAAAAUAUAUUUUGAAUGACAUUUGAUGAGUCUAACCUGAAGAUGCCAGCAGAGGGCGACAGAGGGCUGUGUCCUCUCUGAGGAAACUCUCCAUCCUGUUUAUCAGCCAUUACUCACUGCGGAACCAAUCCACUCUAACUUAUUUUAACUUAGGUUUCUACACAAUCACAGCCCGGUAGAGGAGAUUGAUGUGGAGAGGAGGCCGCCUGUGGUGAUGCUACAUCCUGUUAGUGUGUCCUGCCUCCCUCACCCCCCCUGUUUCAUUACUCCACUAUGGAUUUGUUGUCUUUCACAACACCAUGCUUUACAAUUAAGCUUUAAACAAUAGACUAUAAAACCCUUAUUGAUCAACUGGAGGCGCUGCAGUCAUGGAUGAAGCGGAGAGAUUUGAGACUAAAUUGUGGAAACCACAGUUUCUCAUUUACUGGUUUUGGUAUUGGACUCCUAUGUAAAGCCACUAUUUGUAGAUCCUAAUGAUGGCAUCUUUCACAUUUCGAUGUACUUUAGGAUGAAAGAGUCAAUUCUAGAGAAAACUGGUUUCAGACUUUGACUAUGUGGUAAUGUUUUGCUCUCUGCCUUUCAUUCUGACUGCUUUGGAUUGGUAUUUCUGCAGUUGUUCUGUGGGUGAAGCGAUGUGCAUUAGUCUGCCAUUUCAUUUAAAUAUUUCAUUGCAGCAGCCACUGUUAAGCGCCAAAUUCUAACACAUUUCCAAAUACAACAUACAGUGUCUUUAAUUAAAAAAGAAAUUCUUGACCCUUGACCACAUGCCAAACUAACAGCUGACCGUACUGUUAUUACUCAUUGCAACAGAAAAAAAUACCUAUUCCUCCAACACUGCUCAACACAAUGACCAAUUGUAUGUGAAUACAUUUUAUAGAUAAAAACACGUGUUAGCCAUUUAGUGUGAAGAUAUAUAUAUUAGCAUUUUCAAUAUCACGCUCCUUGCUGUUGAAAAAGGCAGUCCAAUGUUUUUGUUUCCUUUUAAAAGAGAAACCGUUCGUCCCUUUUUUUGAUUUGGUUUUUAGGCUCAUGCAUUGUUUUCUCCACACAGCCCAGAAACUCUCCAGAUAAAUCAGAUUCUUUUUUUCUGUGUGUCUGAUCUUUAGUUUCCUCUCCCCGGCUUAAACUCAGACACAAGCAGGGGGAAGAUCUAAUUCUGCCUUUACUGCUCUAGCAACAAACAAAAAGACAUGUUUUCUCCCCACCCUGUCCUCGAUCCACACCAACCCGGUUUGCUGUUCCAGAUGUGAGCCUGUGGUAAUAUGCAGAGCCGCAGCGACAGACACUGCAGAGUCUAUUUUUGCUAAGCUUUAGCAGCUCCGUUAUUUUAAUACACAGCACCCAGAGGAGGAAUAUUUCAGACGUGCAUUUUCAGAACUUGUGAAAAAUGAGUAGUGAGUCCGCUGGUGAGACAGAACUCCGACAGAUGUUUAUAUUGAGCACUAUCUUUUGUACUCAGAUCUAUUUUGGUGACAGAGUGUACAGAUGUGUGCAUGUAUUUUAUGCUCACUGUGUCACACGUUGUACAAUUCAAGUCCGGCACGACAGCACCGUGUUUCAGUAUGACAAUCUUUUACAUGAACUUUGGAAUCACUGCAAAAUAUCUAUUUGUAAAUAAAUAAUGUUCUUUUAUAAA